UUCCUCCUUUAUGAUCGAAUGCAAGUUGGACUUUACCAGCCCAAAUCACGAACAAUUUGAAUGGAAAAAACAUCUGUUCAGUAUAAACGUUUACCCAUGACCUUUGUAUGUCUGGCAGAGGAAUGACCUUCACCGGAUCGAGGUCAGUGUGUUGAGUGAACAAUCAUUAUUCAGAACAGUCAAGCAUCGGUGUACAAGUGUGUUAGGCUAGCAUAAGACAUUACAUCAGCAUGUAUCGUGCCGUGUUCCGACUCUGUAGGAAACAGGUAUUACUCAAAUCAAUUCCAAGUCUGGAUCAGGAAUGCCGUUUUCUUGGAUCGUCCAUCUGUUACAAUUCAAAAAGAUUUGCAAGCCGCACAGCACCAUCCGCCUCAAAGUCCAGUUAUGAGAGUCUGGUUGAAAGACAACUAUUUCUAAACACAGCGUAUACAAGGUCAGCAGAUGCCAAGGUCGCCGGUUUGACGACAGUUGACGGCGGAAAAAAUGUUGAAAUCAAAUGGGAUGAUGGUAGCACAUCAAGAUAUCACAGUAUGUGGCUGCGUCAAGCAUGUCACUGUCCUUCCUGCCGCCUGUCCACCAACCAGCCUAUUGUGAACUUCAAGGAUGUCGAUAUAGAUGCCACAGUGUCAGCUGCCCAGUUGGACGGUGACAAGGUCCUUAAGGUAAUCUGGAGUGAUGACAAGGACCACACAGGAAUAUUCCCCAUACCUUUCCUCAAGCACUACAGCUACAGUGACAAAUCCCUGGAAGAAAUAAAAAAUCAGCGCAAGAUGGUCUUCAACAAUGAGGCUCGGAUUCCUGAGGUAGCCUACAGUGACGUUAUGGACAGCGACAAUGGUCUAUUCAAAUGGCUAAACUACCUCAGCCAGUAUGGAAUAUGUCUGGUGAAAAACGUUCCGACGCAGGAGCUGACAAUUAGAAAGGUGGUAGAGAGAAUAGCUCCCAUCCAAUCAUCUGUGUACGGAGAGAUAUUUGACGUUAAGGACACACCACAACCUAUUAAUUUCGCCUACUCACCGGUGAGACUGGAGCUACACAUGGACCAGCCAAUGUACGAGUCUCCACCAGGACUGCAGUUCCUACACUGUCUCAGAUUUGACAAACAAGUCACCGGAGGAAAGAACUUCUUCGUGGACUUGUUCCAUGUGGCUCACAAGCUCAGAGAGGAAUACCCAAAGGAGUUCCAGGUCCUCACACGGAUACCUGUCAACUGGGAAACUGUACACUAUGAUAGAGACUUUCCUGUUCACAUGUCUUACCGAAGACCACACAUAACGCUCAACGAUGACGGAGAGAUUGUUGGCGUUACAUGGCAUCCAGGUCUUGGUGGGCCUCUGCUCACUCAAGAGAAGAACGUGGAACCAUACUUCAGGGCUUACAAAGUCAUGGCAACUUUGUUAAACAACUUCCCGUCACAGUACCGACACCGUAUGCAGGAAGGGGACAUGAUUUCAUUCAACAACAGACGUGUCCUCCACGGCCGGGAGAGUUUCAACCCUAACGAUGGAAUCAGGCAUUACCAGGGAUGUUAUGUGCAGAUUGACGAGUUCAAGAGCCAGGUGCAGGUGUUCACUAACAAGUUUGGUGAUGGCAAACUGGCAACUAGAGUGGGCAACCUGGACUUGCAAUAAUAACUUUGAAACGUGAAGAUGAUGAUUGUGACAGUGAUCUUCCAUAUGUCAGUCGCGCACACGUAACUUGUACAUUUGCUUAACUGUGUAUAUACGGUACCAAUGCGGCACAAAUUAUGCUGUCGAUCAUGCAUAAAGUGUCGAUCAUAUUGUACUGGUGUCAAGAUGUUAUGUAUUCUACAACCUAGUUUUCCAUUCAUUCGCCUACUUUGAUAACCCAAUCCAAUAAAGCUAGAAUCUCC